AUGUCCGAAAAAGCAUGCAUACUAUUAGAUGCAACAUUCAAUGUAUUCAAUGCAGUUGGCGAAAUUGAUUUUAUUAAGUCUUGGAAAAGAAUUGAAAAGCCUUUUCACUGGUGUCGGAUGUUAAAUCCUUUAAAACAUCAUCAAAGUUUUAUGUUUUCUGACAUGUUAAAACUUUCAAUGCUAAUGCUAUUUAUACUUCGACGUUUUUUAAAACCACAUCACAUAAAAUCAGAUGCUUUGAAUAAUUGGAGUGCUAAGGCGUUAAAGCUUGUAUUUUCAAAUACUAUGUCAGAAAAUAUUUAUCAAGAAUUUCAAGAAUCUCUUAAUAGAGAACAUGACGUACUUAUACAAAAUGCACUAAACAAUCUUACUUCAGAUCCAAAACUUUAUACGAUACUCUCAGACUGGUAUGCUACAGAAAGUCCAUUUAUACUUACAAACAUUCAGAAUGAUGAAGAUGAAAAUAGUAGUAA